GCGGCUCCAAAACAAAUAGAACAGCAUGUAUACUCUGAUAUUUUGUUAACAAACUGUUUUUUGCUGGAUACAAUUUGUAUUCUACUCCCAAAAAAGAAUAUUUGAAAACGCACUCAUUGGAUCCUAUGAGAAAUUUUACAUGUAAUGACAUUGUCUCACCGUGAGCUUCACCGUCUUUGACUCGCGUCACUUUUAGUGCUAGAAUUGAAUAUAUAUCAAAAUAAAAAAAAAGCAUAUCAAAAUGUCAGGUGAGAUUUGCACGCCAGGGAUGCGCAUUUGCGCCCUGGGAGAAAAAUUACUUUCGGGUCCUGGAACUUACGUCUUGCAGGGUUACAUUUACGCUAGUCUGACGGGUGUUAUGCACAUUAUCAAGCAGGACGAUGGCAAGAAAUCUCUGGUAGAAGUGCGCCGUUCACUGGGUCGUCUUUCUGUGCCUUCUCCAGGUGCAGUAGUUACGUGCAAAGUAACAGCAAUUAACCAACGAUAUGCUAAAGUUGCGAUCUUGUGCAUCGAGGAAGCCGAGCUAAAAGAACCAUUCCGAGGGGUUAUACGCAAGGAAGACGUAAGGGCUUUUGAAAAGGAUAAGGUCGAAAUCAUUAAAUCGUUCCACCCAGGCGACAUUGUGCUUGCUAAGGUACUGACAAUGGGUGAUGCAAUGAGCUAUAUCUUGACAACGGCUGAAAACGAACUUGGAGUUGUUAUCGCGUUAGCUGAAUCAUCGGGAAUGCCGAUGGUACCUAUAAGUUGGACGGAGAUGCAGUGCCCUAAGAGUCUGGAGAAAGAAUAUCGUAAGGUAGCGAAGAUCGUGCCCACCGUUAAAGAAAUCUAGAUUAGAUUGAUUAACAAAUAAAUAAAGCAAAAUCAAGGUUUUCCGAUGGCUUGGGAUUUAGGCAGUGAUAUUCUAUCGAAUAUCUUUGAAUGAUGCGGUGUAUUCUAUCCGUCAAUCCUCCAGUAUUGUCAAGUGUUUUGUUUUUCCAUUAAAUAUACGUCGAGUAAAAGUAACGUCAUUUUUGUGUAAAUAUGGACUAGUGCCAUCAAAUUACUAUGUAGAAAUUUUAAAUUGAUAUUGAAUUUAUGUUGCUAGAUUAAUAUGAUAAUAAGAUGUAAACAUCACAGAUUCCAGAUUUUGUAAUGAAAUAAAACAGACAAUUGGUGCAAGCUGUUGUCUAAAGUUAUUAGAAGUUCAUUUUCAUUGCUGAAUAACCUUAGGAUCAAAAAAGGUAAUCGACUAUUAGAUUUUCAUUACAAAAACAUGUCAUCAUUUAGCAAAAAUUGACAAACCAAAAAAAUAAGUUUUCCAAUUUCCUAAAAUCCGAUGCAUUAACGGAAUAACUUCAAUGAAGUAAAAAAAAAUUAUUACGGCAUUCAAAUAGGAAAGCGGAAUAAUUUUAGCAGAUUAAGCAAUCACGUUUAGAACAGGAUAAUAGAAUAACUGCACCAAAUUAAUAAAUUGGCUGGCUUAAAAAAAUAUGAAUACUUUAACGGAAGAGUUGUAACAGGAAUUAACGAUUUUAGGAGAGCUGCAACCGGACGUUUGUUACGAAGGUAUAUAGGCCACCGUUUAGAUUUGCUAUAUAACAAUACCUUAUGUUAAGAGCUAUAUGCAAUACGAGUCAAAUAUUGUAACAAGCUGACAAGUACAACGUAACGAUAAAGUUGUUAGAGUAUUUCAAUGGGAAAACAAGAAACUUGGAGCAAGAAAACUACAGUGAAAUGCAUGUUGCGAAUAAAUUGACUGAAUCAGCAAAAUAGAAUUAUUGUAAUAGUAUAGCAACCAGAUAACGGAACUGGUGUUGCAGAACUUCAAAUAAGUUUCAAUGAGCUAACUGCAGGGCGACAAUCAAGCUAUAGUUUAUGCUUUGCUAGGCGUAGCGUGAAUCAUCUUUUAUCCGUUGGUAGCAUAUGUUUAUCUAUAGGGUCAGUCUUUGAAAUAAUCCCUUUGAAGUUCGUUUUUGUUGAAAAUCUGUUAUACAUGCCCUCUAUAGACUUUUCUAUACACUUUUUAUAUAUACUUUUUUACAACUUUAUACCUGACAUAAACUUUAUUUGAAUAAGAUUAAAAAGAAUUCCUCUGACCAACUGUUUAUGUAGUAAAGAUAUUUUGCUGUCCUUAUACAUAGGUGGUAUCUUUAAGUGAAAAUAGUGAAAACUCCUUGGUUCGUAUCGGUUUA